UUCUACUUUUAUCAAAUAGCGCGUUUUAUAAACUCCGUGUUUAGAAUCAGAAUCGCCUCUUGUUUAAUUGUAUGACGCCAUGACGUCGGGUUAAUGACUAAAAGUUAAACUAGUGGAAUACUUUUUGGCUUUGAGACGUCAGCAGUUGUGAAAGAUGUUAGCGAGGUUAGCUAACUAAACGUCCGUGCUCAUCUUCGUUUUAUCUUAGCACGUUGUUGUUUGUUUGAGAGAGUGCAGGGAAUUAUGAAAGCUAUGAGGAACUUGAAAACUUUUGAAAUCAAAACUCUCCACACCAGUGCAUUUUUAAAUGACUUAUAUGCAAUUUCAUUGACCUAGCUUAUAUUUUCCCCAUGUUCCCAUUUGUUUUGUGUGUAAAGUUACUUAAAAGCAGGCCGGUGUUCACUUGUAAGUCAGAAAUAAGUUACAGUAAUAUAUUUUUGCUUCCAUUCAUCCAUUUAAUCUGAGGCGAUAAUAUGAAAUUUUGCAUUUGCCAAACAGUUUUUAUCUCCUAGAAAAUAUUUUUAUAUCAUUUUUACACAGUUAUACGGAACACGCAUAGAUACAUAGGCUUCCCAAAAAUGAGUAGAAUAUUUAUACACCACCAAUCAAGAGCUCUCUUCCUAUAUACUUCUCUAAUUUCGUAUUUUUAUAAUCUGCAUUAAUCUUCCUCAGUGCUAGCCUUGCUUGAGGUUAACAAAUAACUUAAACAGUUUAACACCAGAAGCAGAAAUAAUGUGAAUGUUGUUUGUGCAUAUGAGUGCUGGAAGCUUAGUUAUCUAUGUAAUUGUAUAUUUAAUAGUUUUUAAUAGCUUUAAUUGUUCAUCUUGCAUGAAAUUAAUAGGUACUUUGUACAUAAAUACUGCAGUAAUUUCAAUAUUUUUAAAUUAUGAACAAUGCGUUUGUGUGUUCUCUUUCACCUCAGAAAUCCCAGUGUGAGUGACCAACAAGGCCAGUUUCACUUCGCUCAUAUUAGCGGAUGGUACUCCCAGAGAGGUCAGCAGCAUGUUCGCUGCCCUUCCAGAGGACAGAUUCCCAGAUGAAUCUUCACCGACCCGCAGCAAAGACGUUACAAAGAUCAAAGUCAAGAAAAAGACGGAUUCUCCUAAAGUGACUUUACCGCCUCUUGCUGUUAGGCCUCUGUUGAGUUGCUCAUAUAUCCAUAAAAAUACUCCAUCUGAUAAAACUCUGUCACUGCUGGAACUGCCUCAACUUGUACCUCAGGCAGAGCCAGAGACAAAACAGAAAGAAGGACCUCUAAUGGCUGCAGCUUUAGGGGCCGCCAUCCCCAUCAGACGCACCCAGCUGGAAGCAGAAAGUCCUGCAGAAAAAGAUGAACCAAUAAAAGUUUCCGCAUGUAGAAUAAAAAGAAAAACUUAUAAACAAGCGACCCAACUAGAUAAAUAUCCCCAUACGGGCUUAGAAGUUGCUCACGUGUUUGGUCAGAGACGAGACCCAGAGGAACCAGAGUUUUUCUACCUGAAAGAAGUGGAUGAGGAUGCCUGCAGACCGUAUGAUCUGAAGGUGGUCCAUUAUAGUGAGGCUGGUUCUGAUCACUAUAUCUUCUCACCCAACACGGUGAUUCAUGUGACCGAGACUGGUUUUGGUGGCACCCUCAGUCUCUCAGAGUGGUACAGAGAGUGCGUGUUGUGGACAGCUUUGCAGGAGAUUCCUUUUAUUAGGAACUUCAGAAUCAAGAAAGCCUUUGCCAGGUGGAAGGAGAACAAGCGCAUGGUCUCUUUUCAGAGGAAGUGUAAGAAUCUACAGGAUCUCCUUCUUGUAGCUGUCCCUCAGUUCCGAGAAGCUCUUUAUCUGUUCACCAGAGUGAUCGGGGAGCUGAAGGACACACACUGGAUGCCAUUGGAUGACUGUAAAACCUACACAAUUCAGGAAUUCAAGAAAGUGCUGAUGAAUAAAAAUGAAGAGUACCGUCUGAAACUGAAGAAGUUAUCUCAGUACCAUCUGGGUAUCCUGAACGUGGUGAAAGAGGAGACCUACAGGAGGCACAAGGAGCUCCAGAUGCAACUAAAACGAGCAAAACAGCAAACCAGCUGUUCUGAACCCAUUCACCUGCUUCUGGCGUACCGACAUCAGCUGAAGAAAGAGCUGUGCCAGUCUGAAGUCAUCCUGAGGAAACUGGGAAAUUUUGCAGCACUUGUCCAUCAGAUGAUUACUCAGGGUCUCAUCACCAUCACCAAACAAGAUGCUGUUUCCUUUCUCAGUUUGUUAAAGAGGGAUCGAUCGCAGCAGUGCUGCCUCUUCUACGUUGAGCUGUGUUUCACUGCUAACAGUCGGCCGACUGUUGACUCAGCCGUUCACGAGUUUCAUAAAGCAGCAAAUGAAUCACUCCUGACUUCUGACAACACCAUUGUUCAGAUGUGUGAAAAUUUGGGAUUUUUCCAGGAGAUCAGCAGUAAAUUAUGUAACGAAGAUCAGGGUUUAAUCUCUGACUCUAAAUGUGUUAAACAUUCAGCAACCACAGGAGUAAAGAAAGAGGAGGUGAAGUUUCAGUCGCUCAGAUGCAUGUUAGCUCACCAGAUGAUGCAGCCAGAAGCUAAUUCUCUGAAGGUUCAAGGCAUCAGGGUUCAAGGCUGUUACCGUCCGUUCUCCAAGGCACAGCUGGAGUGGCACGUCAAUAUUGAGGAUGUUUUUAGAAAAGCUGAAACUGAGCAGGCCAAGAUCAUGCAGGAUACAGAGUUAGAAAUCCAGCAGGUGUGUGACAGCUUUGCUUGGCUGAAGGAGAUCCAUUCGUUUGUUCGCCAGUGGAGUCCAGGUUCUUUAGAGUCCAUGAAGGAUCAGCCUGCUUCGGUGUAUGAGGAGAACAUCAAAAAACUGAGCUACUGGGCCCAAAAGGUUGACGCUAUUGUCUCAUCAGUUAAUACCUCCAAUCAGCUGUUCUUCAUCAGCUGUACCCACACAAAGGAAACUCUACGACUCCAGCUGAGCCGCAUUGAGAAGCAAGUUGUAGAGCAGCUGGUUGAGCAGACGAGGUUGAACUCCGAAAACCUUGUUUUUGACUUAGAGAGGAUGACUGCUGAACUCCAAACAGAACCACAGGAUGUGCAGGAGUUCGCAGCAUAUGCUUUAAGGGUGAGGGAAUCAGAGAGAAUGUGGGCUGACAUGCAGAAACGUUUGGAAUGCAUUCUCUCUCUCCACAACAUGAUUUGCAUGAACUGUAGGAAGAUGACUGAACAGGAGUUGGCUUUAAAAGAAAAGAUGUUGUGCUUGUGGGAAAGUUUUAUUCCCAUAUUGAAGCAAGCAGAUAGUCAUGUGUGCAACAGUCUUCCUUCAAUGACAAACGCGCUGAACACAAUGGUUUCAUUUUUGGUCUGUGACCUUAAAAAUACAGUCUUGAAGGCUUCAUCUGGACCUUUCCUCGACCCAAGCCAGGAUGCCAAACAGAUGGCCUCUGAGCUAAAUUACAUGUGUGCACAUGUGCAGACGCUCAGUGCAAAGUUGGAAGAAUAUAACAGGAGCAGUCAAAACAUGCAAGAACAACCACUGGAUUUAACCGUUUUGAAAACAGAUGUUAAGAAAGUCAUAGAACGUAAAGAGCUGUGGCGAAUCAAAGCUGCAUAUACUACUUGGUUGGAAGAGUGGAAACAGUUACAACUGAGUCAGCUUGUAAUCUCACAAGCUCAGGAGAAAAUCGUCCUGUGGAAAGUGCAAACUCAGUCUUUGAUAGGCAUACCCAUGAAUGAUCCAGUGUUGGAGGAGGUUUUAAAGAUCCUGGAGAGCCUAAGUCAUCAGGCUGAAGUCAUGGAAAAGCUGACCAAUACCACACUCAGAGAAAAACACAUGAAAAUGAUUUUUCAAGGUUUGGGUCUUUUGUUUGUGCCAGAGAAUACAUUUUCUGUAGCUGAAGUCUUGUCUCAGCACCCUGAAACGCACCGAAGACUAAUUGACAAGAUUUGCAGGGAUGCACAAUCCGAAUGGAAUAUGGAGCAGAGGUUUCAAAGAAUUUCUCUUCGAUGGAAAGACAAACUCUUUCAGCUCGAUGAAGUCAUUCAUCCUGCUUGUCAGCACUGUGAGAAACAGAAAGGUUUAACAGAAGAGAAGCCUAACAAAAACACCUUUCCAUGUGCCAGUCACUGCUCUUGUGAUGAUGCUCGAUUCACUAUUACCGGUCUUGAAACACUUUCUGCUGAGGUAGACAAUGAUCUGAUAACUCUGUCCAUCAUGUUGAAGUCCCCUCAAAGCGUAGAGUUCAGACUGCAGUUGGAGGAGUGUGAUCAGUCACUACAAGAACUCGCAAAGCUGCUAAAGUUAUUUGAAUCAUAUCAGCAACUGUGGGCAUUCCUGUCAAAGACAUUUGGAGAAACAUCCUUCUAUGAUCAAGAAGUGAAUCUGCUGAAGCAUUUUCAGCAAGUUGAUGAAGCAUUUAAGGAAUUAAUGAGCACAAUUUCAGCAGAUCUUCAUGUGCUGAACUUUGUGUCUAGUGAAGCAGAAAGAUUUCAUGGUAACAACCUUUAUCAGACUCUCACAGAUGGUUUGUCGAUGAUGGACUCCAUUUCCAAUCAGAUGAUGGAUCUCCUCCAUAACUUCCGUGACCAGUUUCCAAGACUGUGGUUCUUGAGUGAUAGAGAGCUGACACAACUACUCUCUUAUAAACCACUGUCCUUUGCACUUCAGACAGUUUUAAGCAAAUGCUACAAAGGGAUUAGUUGGCUUGAAGUGGAAUUUGAAACACGUUGUGAUGAAAACAAUGUGGAGAGUUAUGGUGCGUCAUCUGAAAACUACAAGCAAAUGAAAGUUCGAGGUAUUUUUGGCAACCUCCGGGAACACAUUGCUUUUGAGCCUCCUUUGGAACCAAAUCCCAAUGCCCUGGUAUGGCUAUGUGUCUUUGAGAAGCAGUUGAAGCUCACCAUGAUAAGGCUCAUGAAACAAUGUGCAGUGCUGCGAAACCAACUGGAACCAUCCUCUCAAGAUUCAGCAUGUGACACGAUAGACAGAAACACACAGCUGUGCUGUGCUGAAAUGAUUGGUCCACAACUUGUGCUAGAUCUGCUUUCCGAUUUUCCUCUUCAGUCUCUGCUGGUGGUUGAAGAGGCAGUUUGGUGCAAGGUUGUUCUGGGUGCAUUACAGGAAAAAAGCCCUUUACAACUGAGUAAGAUUAAAACAUACAACUCUUUGAAACUGAAAAACCUAGGCAAUUUCUUAAGAAAAACAGCCUUUGGCUCAAAGAGCAAAUCUCUGGUUUCCAAGUACACAAAUAUGUGUUUGCGUGCUUUAGUGCAACUCACUAUGAAUCAUGCACAGCAGCUGUCACAACUCAUGGAGGUGCAAUGUGACCUGGAGUCAUCCUUUGAGUGGCUAUGCUUGAUGAAAUAUCAUAUCAACUCAGAAAAUCAGAGUCCAGAAACCGAUAAUCUGCCGUGCUAUGUGGAUGUUUUAGGCCACCAAUUUCAAUAUGGUUUUGAGUAUUAUGGACCAGAAGACUUACUGAUGGUGCAUGCUCCUUCCACAGAGAAGGCAGUACUGGGGAUUGUCCUAGCCCUGACAAGAUACAGAUGUGGGUUGGUGAGUGGACCUUCCAUGACUGCAAAAACAAACACUGUAGCCCAGCUGGGGAAAGCUCUGGGACGACAGUAUGUUGUUAAACAGUGUUUUUCGAGCAUGGCAUCUGGUGUUGUUCAGCAGAUGUUGUUGGGUGCCCUUCAGACAGGAGCAUGGCUCCUACUGGAAUCUGUUGAGUUACUAACUCCAGGAGUUCUGUCUUUAUUGGGGCAGUUUCUAGAAGACAUACAUCAGUCAUUCUUCAAGAUACAAAGAAAGGAGACUCACAGACCAAAUGAGGUGCCAGACCACAAAUCCGCUGAAAGGGUCACAGACUUUUCCAGUCCACAAUGCAAUAUUGUUCUUCUAGGGAAAAACAUCUUACCAAACCCAAGCUAUGGAUGUGUUCUCAUCCCAUCAAAGGAGUAUGAAUCCAAAAUUCCAGAAAGUCUGCGAUUUUCUACCAGACCUAUUGGAUUAACGCAUCCAGAUUACAGGAUAACCACUGAAGUAACACUGACUUCCAUUGGUUUCUCAGAAGCCUCAUCUUUAAGUCAUCGUUUGGUGUCCCUGAUCCGCUUAGCCAAAGAUUCCAACUGUCUGCCUGAUUCUUUCACAGGCGAUAGCUGUUUUUUUGAUGUCUUGCAAAAGAUCAUAUCUACUUCAGAAAUGUUCUUACAACAAGCUAUGAGUCAAGAUGAAAGUUCAAAUGAGACAAAAGUUUCAACUGCAGAACACACCGAUCUUUCCUCUUCACAAAAUAUGUCUGCAAAACAUUUUGAGAAGAAUAGAGAAGAAACUACAAAUCUUCCGAAGUUAUGUAGUUCUCGACUGUCAAUUAUACAGUCUCUAAAGGAGGAAGCAGCCAUUGUCAAAGCAGUUCUUACUGUUUUGGUACCGGAGCCUGAGAUAACCUCACAGUUUCAUAUGAUUUUCAAGGACACAUUUCCCAUUGUGUGUCAGUUUCCUCAUUUUCAACACCAUAUUGAAGAAAGAGAAAUGACUCAACUUCAGCAUGCAGUCACAGAAGAGCUAAAACAAGAACACCUCUACUCUGACAUGGAAAUAGUCAGCAAAGCUCUUAGGCUCUACCAGGCUCUGAAGCUCUCCCCAGCAGUCAUUCUCAUAGGCCCCCCAGGUAGUGGAAAAUCAGCCUGUCACACAGUUCUGGCUGGAGCUCUCAAUAGGCUGGCCUAUAUAAAAGAUGACAAUGUGUUUGACAAUGAAAACACGAUUAAAAAAAACACAUCCACCUGGUGCUUUGUUGACACUUUGGUCUUAUUUCCCAAUUCCAUGUCCCACGACGAGCUGUUCGGCUGCUUCUGUGAAAAGAAAGGAUGGAAAGAUGGAGCCAUUUCAACCCUACUAAGCGAUUUAGGACGUUAUGAAGUCUUCAACAAUAGGAAUGAAAUUAAAGAGGCAUUGGUAAUGAAAUGGUUGAUAAUGGAUGGGGAGCCUGUAGGGCAACCAUGCUGGUUAGAUAACUUAACCACGCUGUGCAGUUCUCAGCACCCAUGUCUGCAUUUGUCGUCUGGUGAAACAUUACCAUCUCAAUCACAUCUCAAGCUACUAAUGGAAGUCACUCACCUGCAAGAUGCAAGUCCUUUUGCGGUGACUCGCUGCAGCCUUGUUUACUUCACAGGUGUUGAUCUGUGGAAGGCUGUAUGGAAAAGUGAAAUGGACGUUCUCUUGUUUGAACACAAACUGGACCAAGAAGUCUUGGAUUUGUGGAAGAAUUUGGCAGAUGACCUUUUUUCAAGCACUUUUAUUUUGCUUGGGCGAUACAAUUUAACCUCUGCUUACGGAUCUUGCAACAACAAUGGCCUACAAGCAAUCAUGUCAUUUGUCAGGAUUCUGGAAGCCCUUGUGCAGCAUUUUGAAAAGCAAAUAGAAAACUCCAAAACAGCAUCACAAAAAGGUAAAAGAGGUAUGAAAACCAUCACUAAUGAGCUGUUAUGUAUCUAUUUUCCUCAUAUUGUAAUUACAUUUGUAACACCUUUUGUCAUGUUUUAUGUGCAUUCAGAUGGAAGUAACUGUCCUGGACUAGAUUCCCAAAAUAAACAAGACCUGCUCACCAGAAACCUUUUUUUGGUGGCUUACAUUUGGGGAUUUGGUGGACACCUGCAUUCUCGCCACUGGCCACAGUUUGACUUGUUAGUCCGCCAGCUGCUGUUUUCUUCUAGGUAUAAAAUUCUGGUUCCAGAUAAAGAAAGUGUGUUUGAGCAAUUUCUAGGAUUCAAGAGUCAGAUCCAUGCCAAUGAUUCACAGUUGACAAAUUCCAUCAUUCCAAAGUUCGGGUUGUAUAAGCACCUUCUGAACAUCAUGUUGGAGGCAAAGCAGCCAGUGCUGCUCGCUGGAGAGCCAAGUUCUGGAAAAACAACUUUGUGCAACACUUUAAGUUUUGAAAGGCCACACAUUAACCUUCCAGCAAGUCCACUCCUGAGCUCCAGAGAGUUUAGAAUUAUAUUGAAGAACUGCUGCCAUAAGAACUGGAACAACAAUGUGGGUUCUGUAAAAAAAGAGCCAGGCCUGCUUCUAUUCGUGGAUGAUUUGCAUGAAGCCCCUCGUGAUGUCUUUGGGAAAGUGUCAGCUGCAUUGGAGACUCUACGUCAGAGCAUAUCACAGGAACAGAUUGGGAUGUUCGACACCUACUUUUUUAAAGCCCUCAGUUCUAAAACUGUCAGCUACAUGGCUACAAGCUGUGUCUUCACCCUGAGUGAUCCUUUCAGAAAUGCUGUAUCCUCACGGCUCUCACGUUUAUUUUCCAUCUUUGUCCUCCCUAGUCUAUCAAAAGAUGUUCUUCUGUCCAUUCAUUCUCCAUGGAUGAAGAUUUGGCUCAAAGAAAUGUCCCCAAGCCACAGUGGUGAAAAAAUGUCUAACCGUAUAAUCACUGCUACUAAAAACGUGUAUGAGUCUGUAUGCGCCCAGUUCCAUCCCACUUCAGAGAGACCUCAACUCACAUUUUCUCAUCAUGACAUCCAAAAAGUGUUCUCUGGAAUGUACCUGUGGCAAGAUGACAUGUCAAACACUGCGUUCACCGAGAAAAACAAAAGUAUACCAUCACCCUCCCUUCCAGUCCUGCCAGGUCUUCCUGCUUCAGAUCUUAAAAUAGUACACCUCUGGAUACAUGAGUGCAUGCGUACGUUCAGCGAUAGGCUUUGUUCCGAGGAUGAAAGGAAAACGUUCCUGUCAGUUUUAGUUGAGACAGCAGACGCUCACUUUGGAUUUAACUUGCUUGAUAACAGCCAGCCUGACACAUCAGAGGCAAAGGAAGCUAGCCAAAAAUUUAAAAGUGACCACACACCGACCAAAUCUACAAACAUUUCUUCAAGAGAGACCAACUUUAAACCACAACCUGUUACACCUCUGCAUUUAAAGCAUUACAAGGCCAUAGAGACGAGCCUUGUGUAUGGACCGGACUUCUCAGAGACCCUAAUGUUUCUGAAUCCGGAACACAAUUUUAAAGAUAAACGUUUGUAUGUAAAGCAAGACCUUGAUGUAAUAUGGCCGGAGCUACUUAGACUAAUAGACAGCAAAGAGGAAGCAAAUCAUGUUGAUAAUAUUCACAACACAGUGACCAGAUACAGUGUGCACAGGCAGGGUGUGAGUCAGCUGUUACACAUCUUCAGGACUUUGCUCAUACCUGGGGGGCACGGUGUACUGAUCGGCUCAGGCAGAGGAACAGGCCGUAAAACCACAGUGCGUUUAGCUGCCUACCUCACAGGCUGUCAGCUAAUGGAAGUACGUUCUAACAAUGAAAACAAGGUGCAUGAAACCUUGAAAGAGGCCGGCAAUCAAACUGAUAAGAAUGGAGUCAAUGUCAUCAUACUGGUCCAUGAAGAUAUCAGUUCACCUGUCAGAGAAGAAAUACUGAUAGCAAUGGCUCAGAAAGUCUUCCCAGGGCAUUGCACAGAGGAUGAGCUGAGCAGCCUUGUUUCCAGAGUGACAGCAAUGGAAUGUGUAGAAAGAUACCAUAUGGGCAGAUGGAUAUCUGAGAAGGUUUUGAGUCAAAUCCACAAAAAUGUCCACGUGUUCUUGUUGAUGCCUUUCAACAUGUCCAGUGACGAAAACACCCAAAGCUUCAAUACACAAAUGGCCAAGGCCGUUAAACUCAGCUGCUGUGUGGAGGUGUACCAGCCAUGGUCCAACCAGUCUUGGGUGGAAAUAGCUGUUCAAAAUCUCAAACUCUGUUCCAGUGAAAUGUUCAGAGGAUGCUCUGAGGACAGCUUGUCAGUGGCCAUGGCAGCAAUCCAUCAGUCUGCACAUCAGUAUGCUUCUAUAUUUUUAGAAACGCAGCCUUUCAGCCCUCGUACCUACACAGAGUUUAUUGCCUUCUUUAGCUACUUUUGCAACCAACUUCCGAAGCAAUGGGUUAACAAAAACAACAGAGUUUCUUCUGCGUUGGCUCGCAUGGAUGUCCUCAACAAUGAAGUUGGGAAAUGGAAAGAGCAAAUACUGAGGUUGCAGAAGGAGACUGAAAAUAAACAGCAGCUCCAUAAAAUGCACCUUAAAGCUGUAGACGAUAAGAAGAAUCUGCUUCAACUAGCAUCAAAAACAUGUGAAGCAAAGAAGAACAAACUAAAUCAGCUGGAAGAAAAAAUCCACCAAGUUCAGAAACUGAUUAAACCAGUCCUCCUGUCAGGUCUGAAGAUCCUUCAGUGUUUGAAACCUUCUGACUUUGAGGAGGUGCGCCACUAUAGAGAUCCACCUGAUGGAGUGGUGAAGAUCAUGGAUGCUGUCUGUUUGUUGUUUAAUCGUCCACCAGGCUGGGAAAGUGCCAAGCAGCUUAUCAUGCAACCUGACUUUUUUCAGGAGAUGGAGUUUUAUGACUACCAAAGCCUGACAAAGGCACAACUGCAGCAGCUUGGACAGAUAGCUCACAGCCCUCUGUUUGUGCCAGAAUCGGUGCAGGAGGUCAGUAAAGCCUGCGAGUCCCUGUGCAGAUGGGUCCAGGCUGUGUGUGAGUUCUGCUCCAUGCAGCACCACCUGGUGGUCAAGCAGCAGCUGGAGGUGCAGGCUAGAGAAGCUCAAAAUCAACUGCUUUCGGCCGAGAAGCACAAAAAGGAGGUCCGCCAGCUUUUAGAACAUGCUGAGUUCCAGCUUCAGUCCAUGGAAUCUGAGCUGGAGGACCUCAUGCUUCAGCUGUAUGAAACCGAAGCAGAAGAAGAAGAAGCUACUUUAUGCGCUGCAAAGCUAGAGAUGCAUGUCAAAAAUUGGAGGGGUGCUUUUCAGGUGGCAGAGACACGUUGUCAAAACACACCCGGUGACGCCCUUCUUCUUGCAGCAGUUGUCUCCUACUUUGGCCCAUUUGAACCUCAUUUACGCACAGAACUAGUGAGCAAGUGGAAAGAACUGUGCUGGACGGGAAGCAUCGACAUGAACCCAAAGGAUCUCAGAACCUCCCUGUUUACACCUGUAGACUCUGAAUCAGCUGUCCCUUCUCUGGGCUUUCCCAUAGCUGUGACUGAGAGGCUGCAGCUGCCUGUUGAUCAGACAUUAGGGAUAACCGACUGGCAGCUUGAGGACGUUCUACCUGCCAGGCUCAUGGUUAAGCUGAUGCUGUGGGGCCUCACAAAUGCUUGUAUGCAGCGUUGGCCUCUGCUGGCAGAUACGGAGCAGCAUUUACAGAUAAGCUCUCUCAACUGGUCCAUCACAGGAGUGAAGGUAACGCUCGAGGAGGAGUUAAGGUGCAGGCUGGUGGUUUGUGCAGAUGAUUCAAAGCUGCUGGACAAGCUGGAUCACGCGUCUGAGGAAGGAUGGAGAGUACUAAUUACUCACUUGGAACGUGCAACACCUAGUCCUGAGUUCAUGGCCAGAUUAACACGCCCUGUUGAUUGUAGGCUUCCUGGAUUACAGCAGAUCUCCUCAGAUUCUCCUCAGACGGUGAAUCCAGAGUUCUGCCUCUUCCUCAGCACUAAUCUGCCUGUUAGACUGCUCAGCAGUGGGAUCCACCCGUCCAUCUUGGCUCAGCUGUUUGUGGUUGACCUCUCUCUGAGCUCAGAAGAGAUCCAGGAGCUGAUGCUGACACAGCUGCUGCAGUCAGAGCAUAGAGAGCUGCUGAUUCAACACAGGCGAUACCAGAAUUACAAUCAGUUUCUGCAAAAGAAACUGGUCUCAAAAGAGGAUGCUCUGAUAGACUGCACCCUGCAGUCUGACACCUCGCUGCAGAAAGAUUCAAAUUUUCUUUCCUGUGUGGCUGUUUGUCAAGAAGAGAUGAAGGAGGUGCAGGCUGAGAUAAAGCUCCUGAGCGAGGAGCUGAAGCACCACGAGUCCCUGCUGGCUGCUCCGAGGCAGUUAAUGAAGCUGGCUGCUGCCCUCUACCAGGCGCUGCAGGCAGUGGCUCGUCUUUCUCCUGGAUAUAUCUUUUCCCUACAUGAGUUCAUAAAUGUGAUGCAAGAUGCCUUCAGUGUAAAGUACCGACCAUUAGUACAGUAUAAACCUGGGAAAGCAGCAGAAAGCAUGUUACCAGAGCUGAUGAACUCAAUGGUGCUCCAGCUGUUGGUGCAAUACAGACCUUGUCUCUUCAAGAAGCACUUUGCAGUUCUGAAGCUGUUGGUGUCACUGGCUGUGCUCCAGCACAAUCAGCUUUGCUCCGAGGCGGAGAAGUUAGCCUUCCUCAGGGGCCUCGGAGACGUGGAACAGCCUGUAGCUGAAGUUCAAACUCAAACCUUUUCCUCUAACCUUCCCAGCUGGAUUCCCCCUGACAUCCACUCUGAGCUUUUCACCUUGGAAAACAUUCCAUCUUUCCGAGGCCUGAUUGCAUCGCUGCACACCUCUCCCAUCCAGUGGCAGGAAUACAUCCAGUUCACCUCCUCCACGGUGACCGGACCUGUUCCCUGUUGCUCUCACUCCCACCUCUUUUUGCUGCAGCGGGCUCUGCUCUGGAAAACAAUCCUUCCAAGCUCCUUAGAGAAAGUAGCAGAUGCUAUUGCUGUCUGCUCGCUCUGCCUGCCUGAAAAGACCGCAGAAUCACCUCACAGUGGGAACCUCAAAGCCCUCUCGAGAUAUCUAACCAAAAACAAGGGACCCAUCAUUCUUGCAUUCCCUAAUCCAGACGAAGACACGUGGAUAGGCAUUCAGCCUCUCCAUAUAAUAAACCAAAUGGCGUGCUGUGUAGGAAACGAACACGAGGUUUACGUGAAAGUCAUUUGUUUUGGAGAACAGUGUGACACAGAGAUCAUUCUGUCAACGAUGGAUGAAGCCAUCAGUGAAGGCCACUGGUUGGUCUUUAACAACUGUCAUUUGUUGGAUCAUUGGACUGAUAAUGUGGUGGCUCACCUCAGUCAGCUGAUCUCCUUCACAGAGGAGAACCCUGAGAUCCAUCCAGACUUCAAGUUGUGGUUUGUAACCCAAGAAAAUGCUUCACACUUUUUGCCAGCUGCUGUGCGAAUGUGUGCCCAGCUGCUGGUAUGUGACUCCCCCUGGGAUCUGAGAGAAGAGCUGAGCUGUUCUUUGCAGCACGUGGAUUGGGUCAGUCAACCUCAGUCAUCGCCACGUGUCUCAGAUGACAACAUGGAGAUGCUUGUUCGCUGUGCCAUCUUCCACUCUGUUCUGAUGCAGAGACAGAAUUAUAGAUCUUUAGGUUUUGGAAGAAUCUAUCACUGGAGUCAGGAGGAUCUUCUAGGUUUAAUAGAUGCAUACAUUUGUAUUGCCAGUCUCUGCCAUGACAAAACUAAUGUUUUGCAAUUUAUAGCAGUAAAUCUUCUGCAUGGUAGCUACGUUACGGACUCUGCAGAUUCAGAGGUGGUGGAGAAAAUCGCCAAGACUUUAUUUACUACAGAGUCAUCUCUUUCAGGAAGUGGGCCACACAUGAUAUCAGAUCUUAUCAGCAGUUGUGGCCGUUUAGAUUUAUCCAGAUCAUUACAGGUCUUGGAGAAACAUUUUCAAGAUCCAGCAGUCUCUGACCCUGUAUUGCUGGGUUUGAGUGUGGAUGUGGCCCCUGAGAUAACCAGGAUCAACAGCCACCACCUGAACCUACUUCUGCAGGCAUCACAAAGUCCUCUAGGAGCAAUGAGGAGUUUCAGCACCGAGCAGAAUCAGCUUGUCAAACCACCAGACUACAAUCACGCAGCAGAGAGACUGCAGGCCCUGAAGAAGUAUCUCUCUUUAAGGGAAGACAGCACAAUUAGAAAUGUGGGAACGCUUUCUCGCAGUCCCCUUCGCAACUUCCUUGAGGCAGAAUGGAAUGAUCUAAUUGAUUUAGUGUCUUCGCUCCUUUUACAACUUCAACGUCCUGUUCAGUACGCCUCGUCCUUCAGCUCGCCCCUGAAUUCCUGUGACUUGUCUUGGUUAGAGAAGAGGGCAAAGCUGCUCAGUGCUUAUUGUUGGAGCGACAGUUCUUCAGAUCCACCCGGUGCCUAUCGACUAUCCGCCUUUAAGAAUCCAAGAGGCUUUCUGGUGGCACUGAUAAGAGAAGGUGCUCAUAAAUACUACAAAUAUUCAAGUGAUAUAAUACUGCAGUUUCAGGUUCUGAGUAAAGACACAAACCCAGCUGUGCUUCCUCCUGAUGCUGUGUAUUUGUGUGGACUGGAGCUCAGAGGUGCAUCAUGGGAUACAGAGCAAGGAGUCCUGCAGGAGGCUGUAUUUCCUCAGCCGGUUUUAAUGCCUCUUCUUUGUGUCAAAGCUGGAGUCAGGAGCCGGGACAGCGCAGCAGAGCCGUUGUCUUCCUGUUCCUAUUUAAUGGAUUCAGGAAAUCUCCAGGUUGAAAGCGUCUCUCAACAGACAGCCUUACCGGCCUAUUACUGUCCUCUUUAUGUAAACCAAGAGGAGGAGAUCGGAAACUCAGGACUCAGUGACAUUAACAUUAUCACAAAGGUUCCUCUGUAUACUCAGAUAAGUCCUGUUCUGUGUAGCUUGAGAAGAGUGAGAUUAGUUUGUGCACUCUGAUGGUUUGGACAUGGAUGAUGUGACAUCACAUCAGACGUCUGUGAGAAAUUGCAGGAUUGAUGCUCACAAAUUCAUAUAAAAUGUGAAAUAAAGUUUUUGUUUGAAGAUACAUUUUGUUUGAUUCUUUUCUUUCAAUACGUUAAAAUUUAGCUUCCUUUAAAAUGUUCCCAAAUAACAUGUUUUCACAUACAAACUCAGUAAGCACUGAAAAUCAUUAUUCAUAACCUCAUGUUCGUAAUCUCAUGUUUACAUACAGAAAUUUAAGUAUU